AUGGGUAAACAAGUGAACUCCAAAUACUUCAAAAAGGCAGAGAUAGAAGCAGAUGCUGCACCUAACAUAACAGCACCAAGCUUUCAAGGCAAAUUGAAUCUCUCCUCAUUCACAUACUCCCCAAAUCCACCUCCACGCCCUCGCCGACAGAAUCCCCGAAUAACUCCCCGGGAUCUUCUGUCAAAAUCAUCAACCUCACAAUCAUCUCUUUCUCCUCUACAGCAGGAAUUCUGUACAGACGCUCCCGAUGUCACGGCAGGUUUUCGAUCAGAAUUCGAAAGCAACCGGUUGGAAGCUUGGAAUUGCAAAUCGCCCGAGCAAGGAACGCAUGAACAUAGGAAUCAUAAAGAUGGAAUGUCAUGUAAUGAAGCUGGGCGGAAUUCCCCUGAAGGAAUGAGUGAGCAGCACGAUCGACUCAUUAAAAUGGAGCUGCGUGGCGAUUGUACGCCCUCCCCUAUGACUUCGCCUAUACCAACAAGUGUUCGAAAGAGGCAAUCACCUACAAUGCGCCCCGUCGAAGUUCCUAAGUAUGCAAACGCAACCCCUUCUCCCCUAAAACGAAGGCUCGAGUCAAUUUCCGCUACACCAUCAAGCAAACCCUCUCCAGCCAAAAAACGUCGUUCCCGCGCUGGCGGAGGCUACAAACCUCCAUCCCACUACGCGCAUCUCUCGUUUCUCCCCGAUGUCAUAGCACCUAAUCUUCUGUGUCUUUUCGUAGGUCUCAACCCAGGUUUAUUGACCGCUCAAGUUGGCCACGCCUAUGCACAUCCUUCCAAUCGUUUCUGGAAAAUACUCUAUUCAUCAGGUUGUACCACUCGACUUUUGAAGGCGGAGGAUGAUGUAAAACUACCAGAGUUAUAUUCUUUGGGAAAUACAAAUAUUGUGGAAAGACCUACAAGGAAUGGAGGGGAGUUGUCAAAAAAAGAAAUGGAUGAGGGAGUGAGUUUGUUGGAAGAGAAGAUUAGAGUUUAUAGACCGGAAGUUGUAGCAUUGGUUGGGAAGGGUAUUUGGGAGAGUGUGUGGAGAGUCAAGAAGGGAAGGGCUAUGGCAAAGGAUGAGUUCAGAUACGGGUGGCAAUUGGAAGAAGAGAAUUUGGGAGUUAUAAAGGGUGAAGAUUCAUGGAGAGGAGCUAGGCUUUUUGUGGCAUCUAGUACAUCUGGACUGGCAGCAUCGUUGUCGCCUGCGGAAAAGGAGAAGAUAUGGGGAGAAUUGGGGUCUUGGAUUGUGCAAAGAAGAAAAGAAAGAUAUGGCUUGAUUGAAGUGAAAGAAGAGGUAGAAGAUUGUAGCUGA